AUGACGACCGUACAGAAGAUAAAGGAAAUCGAAGAUGAAAUGGCCAGGACCCAGAAGAAUAAGGCCACGAGCUACCAUCUGGGGCAACUCAAGGCCAAGCUUGCGAAGUUAAGGAGGGAACUUCUCGGGCCGCAAGGUGGUGGAGGUGGUGGUGGCGGCCUCGGUUUUGAUGUCGCAAGGACUGGUAUUGCUUCUGUCGGAUUCGUCGGAUUUCCCUCCGUAGGAAAGUCAACUUUAAUGACUAAAUUAACUGGGACACACUCGGAGAUAUCUGAGAUCGAUUUCACUACCUUGACCACAGUACCGGGAACGCUGAAGGUCCACGGCGCACCAAUACAGAUUUUAGACCUGCCCGGUAUCAUUGAGGGUGCAAAUGACGGCCGUGGUAGAGGUCGACAAGUCAUUGCUGUCGCGCGCACAUGCAACUUGAUCUUCAUUAUUCUCGAUGUCCUGAAACCACUUGGAGACAAGAAGGUCAUUGAAUCCGAGUUGGAGGCGUUUGGCAUCCGGCUGAAUAAGAAACCACCAGCAAUUAUAGUGCGGAAAAAGGACAAGGGCGGGAUCGCGAUUACCAACACAGUGCCCUUAACAAACGUUGACCAAGACGAAAUCAAAGCCGUUUUGAGCGAAUACAAGCUGAGCAAUGCGGACGUUGCUAUACGGCAGCCAGGAGCUACAGCAGAUGACCUCGUAGACGUGAUCGAGGGCAACAGAGUAUACAUUCCGGCGCUCUAUGUGCUAAACAAGAUCGACGCCAUUUCAAUAGAAGAACUGGACCUAUUGUACAAAAUACCAAAUAGCGUACCGGUAUCCUGCCGCGAAUGGAUGAAUAUCGACGAGCUACUUGACCAGAUGUGGAAAACUCUCGACCUCGUGCGCGUGUACACAAAACCACGCGGAUUGCCACCAGAUUACAACGCGCCUGUCGUGCUCAAGCGCGGCAAGUGCACGAUCGAGGAUUUCUGCAAUGCGAUUCAUAAGGAGAUUGCGAAGCAGAUGAAGUAUGCCAUCGUAUGGGGUGCAAGCGCGAAACAUGCUAGAGGCCAGAAAGUCGGUCUCGACCACGUACUAGAUGACGAGGAUGUGGUGCAUAUCUCCAAGAAGUAG